GAUCUCUCACCCAUGGCUACUCUAACUCUGCAAGCUCUUUGUUCAAUUCUACUGACUAUAUCCCACCUCUCCUCCAAUUUGGCAGAGACUAAGACAUAUAUAAUUCACAUGGAUUCAUCAGCCAUUCCCAAAGUCUUCUCGAGCCACCAGAGCUGGUACUUGGCCACCCUUUCUUCCAUAUCAGUCAAUCUCAAAACAACCACCACUACCACCUCUAGACUGAUCUAUGCUUACACCAGCUCAAUUCACGGCUUUACUGCAUCUCUCACUCUUUCCGAGCUUGAGGCUCUACAGAAGUCCCCUGGCUAUAUUUCUUAUACCCAUGAUCGUCCUCUUACCAUGCACACAACCCACACUUCUCAAUUCCUUGGUCUAAGUUCUCUCUCUGGUGCAUGGCCAUCUUCCAAUUACGGGCAGGGUGUCAUAAUUGGUUUAGUUGACACUGGAAUUUGGCCCGAGAGUGAGAGUUUCAAAGAUGAUGGAAUGACUCAAAUUCCAUCUAGAUGGAAAGGAGAAUGUGUGCCCGGCACCCAAUUCAAUGCUUCCUUGUGCAACAAGAAGCUUAUUGGCGCUCGGUUUUACAACAAGGGUCUACUUGCUAACAAUCCCAACGUGAACAUUUCCAUGAAAUCUCCCCGUGAUACGAGCGGGCAUGGAACACAUACUUCAUCCACAGCUGCAGGCAACUAUGUAAAAGGCGCAUCCUUUUUUGGUUAUGCCACUGGUACUGCUAGCGGCAUGGCUCCACGGGCCAGAAUAGCCAUGUACAAAGCAGCUUGGAGAUAUGGGGUCUACUCAUCCGAUGUUCUUGCUGCAAUAGACCAGGCAAUUCAAGAUGGGGUGGAUAUACUGUCCCUGUCAUUGGGUUUUAGCUUGGAUGGUAAUUCCUUGGUUGAUGAUCCUAUUGCAAUAGCCACUUUUGCAGCCAUGGAAAAGGGUGUAGUAAUUGUUGCUUCGGCAGGAAAUGAUGGGCCUCUGUAUGGUACUUUAAACAAUGGAGCGCCAUGGGUUCUAACUGUUGGUUCGGGUACUAUUGAUCGUAAAUUUGAAGGGAUCCUUACUUUGGGAAAUGGUAUGCAAAUCACCUUUGUGUCCUUGUAUACGGGGAAUUCUUCUCUAAGCCAGCUGCCUCUUGUUUUCAUGGAUGGCUGCCAAAGUGUGGAGGAAAUGAGGAAAAAUAAAAACAAGAUUGUUGUGUGCAAAGACAAUCUUAGUAUAGGCACUCAAGUAAAAAAUGCAGAGUCUGCUAGAGUACUUCAUGGAGUUGUCUUCAUUUCCAGUUAUUCUUUAUCCGAAUUCUACACACAAACCUCAUUUCCAACAGCAUUUAUUGGUCUGCGAGAUGGCCAAACUGUAAUAGACUACAUACAGAAGAACGGCAAUCCAAGAGGAAGCUUGAUAUAUCAAAAGACAGUUACUGGCACAAAGCCAGCACCAAUGGUGGAUAGCUAUAGCUCCAGGGGGCCAUUCCCCGGCUGCCCCAUUGUCCUAAAGCCAGACGUCCUGGCCCCUGGCUCAUUGGUUUUAGCAUCAUGGUCUCCAAUCAGUGCAGUUGCUGAGGUUCAAUCACGUCCUUUGUUUAGCAACUUCAGUCUUGAGUCAGGCACCUCAAUGGCUACCCCUCAUGCGGCUGGUGUAGCUGCCCUAAUAAAAGAAGUGCACCCAGAUUGGAGUCCUGCGGCCAUCCUGUCUGCCCUAGUGACCACAGCAAGCUCAUUAGACAACACGUUUAGCCCCAUAAAAAAUAAAGCAGACAACGAGCCGCCAGCCAGCCCUCUAGACAUGGGAGCCGGCCACAUUGAUCCCAACAAGGCACUUGAUCCUGGACUUGUCUAUGAUGCAACAGUAGAGGACUACAUAAAGCUUCUCUGUGCAAUGAAUUACACGGCAACACAAAUUAGAAUCAUCACAAGGUCCACACACAAUUGUGUGAACAGGUCUCUGGAUCUUAAUUACCCGUCUUUCAUUGCUUUCUUUAAUGAUUAUGAUUCGAAUUCGGAUGCAAAAGUUGUUCAAGAAUUUUGGAGAACAGUGACUAAUGUUGGAGAGGCAUGGUCGAGUUAUACUGCAGAAUUAACCGCAGUAAAUGGUUUAAAGGUGAAGGUGGAGCCAGAGAAGCUAAUUUUCAAGCACAAGUAUGAAAAGCAAAGGUACAAGCUGAGCUUGGAGGGGCCAAAAUUUCUGAAAGAGGCGGUGGUCCAUGGCUCUCUUAGUUGGGUGGAUGACCGUGGUAAAUAUGUAGUGAGAAGUCCAGUAGCGGCGACAAACCUCGUGCCGGAAUCUCUUUUAAAGGCAUAGCUAUGACUACUGCCAAUGUCUUCAAGUGCUUCAAAUGUUACUUUUAAGUUUUUAUGAUUACAGCCAUGAGCCAACCCAUAUCA